UGGUAUCGCGUCGCGUGUGCGUUGCACCUAGAAUCAAUCCUGAUUAUAAUUUAUUUGGUUUAAAGUCGAGUUUUCGGUGGUCAUUGGAUCGAUUAGAGGGUUCAUCCGGGCUUUCGCGGGCUUUUUACUGCGCGAUUGACAGCUGUCACGAGUGUCAUUGUUAUUUUCGUGACUAUGGGAGACUGAGGGAAUGACAGUUGACUUUUAACAGUGAAAUAGACUGAUUCAGUGAAUGUUGGGACUUUAUUAUUGCUGAUGGUGUCGAUUUGUUGUCUGGAUUUCAUUGGAUUUUUAAUAUCGCUCGGUGACGUUCGUUGGAGCGGGCCCAUCGGGCCCCAAAUGUUUUGAAUUGGUACUGUUCAUCCUCACGGUUUCGCACUCGAGCUGACUGUUCACCGGGGUCAUGGUAAGCGGAGGGAUGGCCGGGCAGCACUACUGCCUGCGGUGGAACAACUACCAGUCGAACAUGACAUCUGUUUUUCACCAACUACUUCAGACUGAAGCCUUCGUGGACGUCACACUCGCCUGCAAUGAGGCCUCGCUAAAGGCGCACAAGGUGGUUCUGUCGGCCUGCAGCUCGUACUUCAAAAAGCUGCUGCUCUCGAAUCCCUGCAAACAUCCGACAAUCAUAAUGCCCCAGGACGUGUGUUUCAAUGAUCUCAAGUUUAUCAUUGAAUUCGUUUACAAGGGCGAGAUCGACGUGUCCCAGGCGGAACUGCAGUCUCUGCUAAAAACGGCUGAUCAAUUGAAGAUCAAGGGCCUCUGUGAGGUGCCUGAGAGCAAAGAGGGAUCGGCAUCAGUCAGUCUGAGUUCACCACCCCGAGAGCCUGGUACACCACGAUUAAACUACACCAAGUUGAAGAGACAUCAUCCCAAGUACAAAAGAGCGAGAACAUCGUUUGAGGCGAUAACAGGGAGUUCAGACUCAAGGCACUACGACAAGUACAAAGACGAGGAUAACGAGGGUGGUAGUGGGGCCACUGAUUUUAGCUUUGGACGGGAAAAUAAUAAAGAGAAUCACCGAGGUGACUGGCAGACAACGACGGAGGAUGAGGAGUGUGGCGUUGAGGCAGUAGUCCUGGAAUCCUGCCAACGAGACAUCAACAACGGUAACGGAACAAACAACAAUAACGGUGAUAUGUUUUGUCACACAGGACUAGGACACUAUGGCCAUCAUCCGGAUCCAGGGGAUGUCGAUUUGCCCCCGGAAACGCAACCAACACCACCCAGUGCCACCCUGGUGGGCACGACUGUCACGCAUCUGCGAGACUCAGAUCAUGUCACAGAUAUUCAGAACUGCGACAGUGUUAAGAUAAAGUUUGAAACCCUCCAUACGAUGGACUCGUCAGACACAAUUGACAUAGACAGCCACAUGUCGGAUCGUGCCAGUGUCAGUUCGAAGCAUGGUGCUGAGAGUGACAAUAUGAUGAUGAUAACACCCGAGCUUUUGGGCCUAAUGCCGUCGGGGAGUUCUGUGCACUCGGACUCGGGGGAGAAUAAUUCUAGGGGACAUUCUGGGGGCUCGGGACAUUAUCAUGGCACUUCCAAGUCGUGGACGCAGGAGGAUAUGGAUGCUGCACUUGAGGCACUUAGAAAUCAUGACAUGAGUUUAACUAAAGCUUCUGCGACAUUUGGAAUUCCCUCAACGACGUUAUGGCAGCGAGCCCACCGUCUGGGCAUAGACACACCAAAAAAAGAUGGCCCAACAAAAUCAUGGAGCGAUGAGAGUCUGAACAAUGCCCUUGAGGCCCUGAGAACCGGCACGAUAUCAGCGAAUAAAGCAUCAAAGGCAUUUGGAAUACCGUCCAGUACAUUGUACAAAAUAGCCAGAAGGGAGGGUAUACGAUUGGCAGCGCCAUUCAACGCGAGCCCGACAACCUGGUCACCAGCGGAUCUUGACAGAGCACUGGAGGCCAUCAGAUCCGGCCAGACAUCGGUUCAGAGGGCCUCCACCGAGUUUGGCAUACCCACGGGGACGCUAUACGGUAGAUGUAAGCGUGAGGGCAUUGAAUUGAGUAGGAGCAAUCCAACUCCCUGGAGCGAGGACGCCAUGACUGAGGCGCUGGAGGCUGUUCGGCUGGGCCACAUGAGCAUCAAUCAAGCAGCUAUACAUUACAAUUUGCCGUACUCAUCACUGUACGGACGCUUCAAGCGUGGAAAAUACGAGGAGCCAGUGGUUAAUGAAAUGUCACAGGACGGUACAAGUCCACAUUUCCAUCAGAGUCCACACCAGAAUCACUCAUCACCACUUCCCGAUCAAAUGCCAUACCAGGGCAGCUGAAAUUUACCCCUCUAUUAGGCUCUAUAUCAUCAGGACCUAGAUUAAUGUGCAUUCGAUCUCAAAAACACUGUGAAUGCACGUGUUCGAGGGGGGAAUAAUCAUGUAUUGCAGUAUUAAAAGGAUUGUAAUAAUACCGUGGAACGAUGAGAAUACACUUUUUCGUGGAGUGAGAAUAACACUUCGGAUUAUUUAUGUGGGGAGUGUACAGAGUGGACAGUGUAUGUGAAAUUUUGUAUUUUAAUCGGAAUGUAUUGGUUAUUCGUGGGUGAGGUAGCACGGAGGGACGAGGAUUUCUAUUGAUUAGAUAUAACACUUUCGUACUGAUCCUUCGUCUGACGUGUUCUGGGGAGGUUAGAGCCAAACGUGUAAAUUAACUUAGGAAAAAGUUUUUUUGGGGAGGAAAAACUGGAAGACCAGAGAAAAUCGUGGGGAGAUAACGUGAGGGAAGAAUGGCCUCACGAGCUUUCAAAUUCUCAAUCGAACAAGUCGAAAAUCUUCGAAGGAAAGAUCAUUUUCGAUUUAAUAGGAAUUUUCUUGAUAUAGAAUAUUGUUAAUUGGAUGGAAUAUUUUUUAUUUAACAGCAAAGUGCAUUCUUGAAUGGGAAAUAUUUCAUUUUUUAAUGAAAUUCUGAUUCAAGAGUUCUUUUUUUCUGUGACAAACGUGUAAAUUAAUUUGGAAGAAGUGUUUUCUUGGAAAUGAAAAAACAAGAGAAACAGAAGAAAUCAUGGCGAAUACGCGAGUGAAGAAUAACUUUACGAGUUUUCAAAUUUCAAUCAAACAAGAUAAAAAUCUUCGAAGUAAAGAUAAUGUUCUCGAUUGAAUAUUCUAUAAUAGUAAUAUUCUCAAUAUCAGAAUCUUGCUGUUCUUAUACUGUUGAGAAAAUUGUUGAUUGGAUGAAAUAUUCUUAAUUUAAGAAUACAAUUAAUUCUUAAAUGGGAAAUAUUUCAUUUUUUAAUGGCAUCCUGAUUCACGAAUUCUUUUUUCCUGUGACAAACUGAGUAAUACGUAAUUCCAAGACUCAAACGUGUAAAUUAAUUUUGAAGAAUUGUUUUUGUUGGCGACGAAAAAGCGAGAGAAACAGAAAAAAAUGGCGAAAACGCGAGUGAAGAGUAACUUUACGAGUUUUCAAAUUUCAAUCAAACAAGACGAAAAUCUUCGAAGGAAAGAUAAUGUUCUCGAUUGAAUAUUCUAUAAUAGUAAUAUUCUCAAUAUCAGAAUGUUGCUGUUCUUAUAUUAUUGAGAAUAUCGUUAAUUGGAUGAAAUAUUCUUAAUUUAAGAAUACAAUUAGUUCUUGAAUGGGAGAUAUUUCGUUUUUCAAUGGAAUCCUGAUUCAAGAAUUAUAUUUUUCCGUGACAAAUUGAGUAAUACGUAAUUCCAAGGGUAAUGCGUGUACAUACGCAAUGAUUAAAAGGACGAAAGAUAACGAAGGCAUAAUUUUAGUGAUUAUAGUAAGGAAAAAAAAAGACGCCAGUUCAUCUAUGUUUAUUACUACGUUUUGAUUUUGUCUUCCAAAGUAAUCUGUCAUGGAAUGACGUGCUUCAUUUAUAUCACUAUUUCUUAAUUGUUUUAGUUGUUUUGUUUAAUAAACGAGCAUUUCAGUUUGGUUAUUCUGAAUGAACUGUUUAAAAGAGAAUUAUUACGUUCGCAUCAUUGGACUGAAUAGGGUAUCGCGUGGACAAUGAGAUGAAGAUGAUUACGAGGGAUUUGUUAACAUUUUUCCCUGUCUGUGGAACAAAAAUUGAUGAUUUUGGAUCUCUUGUCGCGGCUCAAGUGUCACUGUUGUAUCAAAUACAUUAAUGGUAAAUUUAUUAAUUUAUCAUGCUCAUUUUUUUAUUAUGAAGUAAGUUAAGAACUACAUGAUAUACAAAGUAUGGAAAUUUAUAAGAAUAUUAAAUAAAUGUACAGUUUAUAUAUUUUAAAUUAAACAUGCCGAGAUAAAUUUA